AUGGCAGAAUCUUCUCGAAGUAUCAAUCAUAAACUUAAUGAAUUGCUUAGUAAAAGCAAUGUGGCCAAACCAAAGUUGGAUAAUGCUACUGCCACCAAUUAUGCUACGAUAUUAAGAUCCAACAUCUUGGGCAAGGAUAAACAAGAGAAAGUCAAUUCAAUUGUUGUCUUUGCCAAGUUGUUGGAUUGUAUCAUUAACAAUAAUAUGGUUCCUAAUGAUUUCAAAUUAUUAGAUCAAACAUUAUUUUCAACCUUAUUUUCCAUCAUUAGUUCCAAUAUGUCGUCUGAAACUUAUAAAGCCAUACUUAAAAUAUCAGUCAUUGUUAUGUCAGGUACCAUAUUUCAAGUUGAUCAAUUAUCGAAUUAUUUACCAUUAAUGGAUUCAUUAUCAGAAUAUUUAGAUGUUCUUGAUACCCUUACCGCUAAAUUAUAUCUUCAAGAUAAUAAAAUCACUUAUCAUUCUAUAAAAUUAAUCACAGAUGUGAUUAAUCAAUCAUUAAAAUUUAAUUAUCCUGGUUUAGUAACUUUGCUUGGUAGAUUGAAACAUGUAACAUUUUUCAGUACUAUUGGUAAUCUUAUUGAAACUGAUGAUAAAUUAAUUUUAGAUUCCAUUAAUAAAUUAAAAUUAGCAUAUUAUGCUGCAAAUGAUUAUUUAAAUGAUACAAAAUUCGAUUUAACCAUCAAAUCUCAUCAAAUCUUAUUAAAUAAUUUAUUCAUAUAUCUUGAAGUAUCAUUAAAUGAAUAUGGAACUUCAGCCACUUCAGAGGAAUAUAUCAAAGCUGGUUUUACUGAUAAUCCUCGAAAUUUCGUUAUUGAAAAUUUCUCCCUUUUAUUAGCUAUGAAUCUUAAAGUAUUUUUAAAAGAUCCAAAUUUUACAUUUAAAAAGAGAUUUCAUGAAGAAUUAAUGUUAAGUGAACAUUCAAGAACUUUUCCAUUAUAUUUAUUCAUUAAUAAAUGUACUCGAAUGUGGAUUGAUAUAUUUUAUAAUCAACAAGAUGCUUAUCCUCAUAUAAGUUCAUCGAUUUUAAGUUGGGAAUUAAUGAUUUAUUAUACUUUAAAUAAUUGUCUUGUAUUAUGGCAAGAUACAAAAGCAAAAUUAAAUGAAGUUGAAGUGGAUAAAAUUUUACAAUUAUUAAGAUCAAAUAUUGAUUCAUUAGAAAUUGAAAUAUCAAAACAAACAAAGUCAAUUGAAGAUUGUCUUGAUAUAACAAGUCUUAAAUCAAGUGAAGAAAUGAGAAGUUUCCAAAGUAAUAAAAUCAUUGAAAAUCAUAAACAACAUUGGGCUAAUACAUUUAAUGAAUUUGAUAAGAAUUUAUAUCGUGAAGUAGUGGAUUUUGUAUCAGAACAACGUGCCAUACAAUUAUUAAAAGGAUCUUGGGUUCAUACUGAAUCUCAUGCUGAAGGUCUUUUGGUAGAUCACAAUAAUACUAAUCGUAGAUCAAAUUCAAAUUCUCAUGCCAAAUUUUAUUUCUUAAUUCUUUCUCCUAAUAGAAAGAGUCUCUUUUAUAAACAAUAUCAUGAUAAAUUAGCUGUCAAUCCCACCUAUGAAGAUAUGGAAGAUCAAGCGAUAAGUUUAUCUGAUAUUGUUGAUUUUUCAUCCGUAAAGGUUGGUGAACAAGUAGGUCAAGAAGAAAGAAGAGUAAAUGAUAAGUUGAUUUCGAUUAAAGGUACCAUCUCAUAUGAAAGAAUCACAUUACUGGGUGCCCAUGGUAAGAAACUAUUAAGUUUUUAUACUGAUACUGAAGUCAAUAAAUUUGUUUGGUUAGAUGGUAUCAAAUUACAAAAGGGUCUUAUCAAUGAUGUUUCUCAUGAUACAAAGAAUCAAAUUCAAGGUUUAUUGGAUAUAAGAAAAAACACCCAAUUACUCUCAUUAGAAGGAACUGAAUAUAUCAAUAAAGUUGAUCCCGACUUCAAUGAUGAAGAGUUUUAUAAUCCUGAUGAAUUACAUACUAUAUGUGAAAACUUUCAUUAUACAUAG